CCUCUGCUUCACUUGUAUCGCUCCUGCUCGUUCGCGCUUCGCUCGCCCUCGGUCGCGCUCGACUGCUCCUUGUUACUUCGCUCUCCCUCGCUCCUGAUCGACUGCACCUUGUUGCUUCGCUCGCCUUCUUCGAUCAUCGCAUCUCUCCGCAGCAAUUGAAGAUCAAGGAAGCAGUUGAUGUACUGAGGCCUCGCUUGACUAGUUCGAUUAGUGCCGUUGAUGCAAUUCAAGAGUUGGAAGACAUAAGGAAGUUGGUGUCUUUCUAGGUUUUAUAUGUUCUGUUCUCUCCCUCUCUCUCCUCUGGUCUGUGUCAAAUUCUGGUGAGCCAUGAGGAAGCUCAAGUUCCACGAGAAGAAGCUGUUGAAGAAGGUCAACUUUCUGGAAUGGAAGAGAGAAGGCGGCCACAGGGAAGCUCAGGUUAUGCGACGCUAUCACGUCACUGGUCGGGACGAUUACAAGAAGUACUCGAGCUUGUGCAGAAUGGUGCAGAAGCUGGUUAACAUACUGAAGCAGAUGGACCCGAGAGACCCUUUUCGUGUUGAGAUGACCGACUCGCUUCUGGAGAAGUUGUACAACAUGGGGGUAAUACCGACACGGAAAAGCUUGGCAUUGUGUGAUCAUUUAUCAGUUUCAUCCUUUUGUGGACGGAGGCUUUCGACGGUGCUCGUGCGUUUGAAGUUUGCAGAGCACCUGAAGGAAGCAGUUACAUAUAUCGAGCAAGGUCACAUCCGAGUUGGUCCUGAAACGGUUACAGAUCCAGCAUUCCUCGUGACGAGGAAUAUGGAAGAUUUCGUGACGUGGGUAGAUACCUCAAAGAUAAAGAGAAAGGUCCUCCAGUACAACGAGAAGUUAGACGACUACGAUGCAAUGAACUGCUAGGCCGUGUGAUGGAGGCUCUGUGUUUGCAUACAGUUAGCCAGCUCACACUGACAUUCAUGCUGCAUUCACAGGUUCAUAUUCGAAAUCCGGAUGGCUUGCUUUGCGUUGUUUAGAUGUUACGGGGAGUUGGGAAACAAAAUGGAAAAGGAGUAGUCAUCAUAAGCUCGAACUAGUUUUUGUUACUCAUUUCUCGAUGGCCAAGUUCACGGUAGGCAAAUAAGUUUCUGCUGCAUUGAAGUUACAUGUUUGUGAGUGGAUUCAUGGAUUGAACACCUUUGCUGGAAACGCAUGCUGGAAACAA